AUGGUGAUGAAGCGGCAGAUCAACAGCUUGCCUCUGGUUUAUCCUCAAGGAGGUACUUAUAAGCUGAUCAUCGGCCUCUCAGCACCAAUCAAAGCUGAGGACUACAUAAGCCUCGCCUUCGCAGCGAACUUCCAGUACCAAUACGUGCAAUUCACCAACAUUACCCAGCUAUCUCAGUAUUACUUCAUCAAGACGGUGUCUAGAGAGCAGAGGGAGGCAGAAAUAGCAGCCAGGAGAGAUGAACGGCUGACGUUUUAUACGGCUGUUGCUGAUAUGUUGAAGGCAAAAGGCAUGAAUGGUGACGAGUGCGUGUUUCGAGCAAUUUGUGAAGCUGCGCAAUACCCAGUGGAAGAAGAAGGAUUGGUGGGAGAAUUACUUCAUAUUUUGCUGACGCCAGACUACGGCAAGACCCCUUUUGACGAGAAAGACGAUGAUUUACUAUACCUGAUGGGUUCCUACUAUGAUGCGGCCACGGCUGGGAGGCAGAUGUUCAACUGUGCUUCUAUCUACUCCGGCUGCCCUGAGGGUCAGGGCCUCAUGGAGAUGUUCAGCAUAUUGAGAGAUGAAUGA